UUUCAAUUUCGUCAUUAAACAACGACAUAAUGAAUUUUUCCUCUGGAUGCGCUCUUGGCCAAGGAAUUCACAACUCACCCCUUUAAAGCUCAUUUUUGCUUCACGUAGCAGUUGCAAAAAAUGUGUUUUUCUUUGGUUUCAAAAGCCCUUUUAUGUUUUUCAUUUAUAACUGUUAUCAGAGGAGAACAUCCCUUCGAUAGAGUUAUAAAUUCACUUCGUAAUGAAAAUAUCACCAAUUUUCAAGAAAAUAUUAUAACCGAUUCGAUGUUGGAGAUUAUUCUUCACAGAUAUUUUAAUAGAUUAAACUGCGAAGAGAAUUUAUCAAAAAUAUGUCAGAAUUGCCUUAAAAAGGAGGAAAUUCUUCAAUACUUCAACAAAACUUUCUUAGAAGAACAAGAUUUUGAUAAGUUUGCUGCAAUUAUUUUACAAACAUCCUUGACAUUCCCUAAUCUUUGUAAUGCAACAAACAACAAAAAGAAAGCUGAAUUUGAUACUAGCAAAUCAAUUUUUACAGAAAAGCUUGACAGCGAUAGUAAAGUGUAUAAACUAGUUGAUGAAUUAGCUAAAAAAUUAAAGGAGGAUGGGGCCGAUCAUGAUGAAGAGCAUGAUGAAGAGCAUAAUGAAGAGCAUGACGAAGGAGCUCAUGAACAUGAAGGCGAACAUAAGCAUGAACAAGAUUGUUUUAAUGUUGAUAUUUUAUUAUAUAAAGCCAAUAGUGGCAGCAUCUCUAGCAGACCCGUCGUAAUAUCAUCAACUUUGACUUCUUAUCUUUUAUCAAAAUUACAGUAUAAACCAAAAAAUUGUUCAAUUGAAAACAAAACUCUUCCAUUUCCUACAGAAUUUUCUUCUGCAAUUUUUGAACACUUUGGAAAGCAGGCACAUGAAUCAAUUGAUUUAUCUAACUUUAAACAUAUAACAGAGAAACUUGAAAUCGGUAACGCUGCAAAUAAAUCUACUGAAGAACCCGGUCACGAAGGUCACGAUCACAGAAGAAGAAGAAAGCGUUCAGUGCAUGAAGAACCCAAAAUAAAUUCUAUUUGCUAUUCAUCCAGCGACUUACUAAAGAUAUUUCAAUUCAAAGAUAAAGUUAAUAGAGAACAAUUGGAAAAAAUUUGUCCAGCUUUAAUUCACCAACAAAUGUUCGGUUCAUGCAAGAAGCCAAUAGAACAGAAAGUUGUUAAGGAACCUCCUACAAGAGCUGAAAAAUACGGCUAUACCAUGUUAGCAGUAUUUAUUGUUAGUAUAUGUGCUCUAUUCGGAAUUGUUCUUCGACCUUGUUACAAGUUUUCACAUUUCGAAGUGAUCCUUUCUACUCUUGUUGCAUCAGGAUUUGGCGUCUUAGUUACCGAUUCCCUAUUACAUUUAAUGCCUGAAGCUUUUGGUAUGCAUGAUCACGAACACGAAGGUGGUGACGUAGUUUUGGAGCCUUAUACGCAAAAAGCUUUAGGAAUUCUGGCAGCUAUCUAUUUUUUUUUCAUUUUGGAAUUGGUCAUUGUAGCAAUUUCAUCGUCAAGAAAAGAAAACAGCAAUGACAUUGAUAUCUCUAUGAGAGAAAAGGGUAAAACGAAUGAACAACAUUCUCACGAUCAUCAUCGUCAUUCUACGUCCAUUAUGAUUGUAAUAGGAGAUGGUGUUCAUAAUUUUGCUGAUGGUCUUAUUAUAGGUGCUGCAUUUUCCUUAUCAACUACCAGUGGAAUAAGUACAACUAUAGCAGUUUUCAUACACGAAUUGGCUCAUGAAUUCGGCGACUUAGCCUUAUUGGUAGAUUGUGGUUUAUCACUGAAGAAGGCACUUUUAUUAAAUGGUUUGUCGGCUUUAUCUUGUUUUGUUGGUGGAAUUGUUGGAGUUGCAUUGGCAGUUGACGAAAGCGUUCGACAAUGGAUUUUUGCGGUUGCUGGUGGUAUGUUCCUUUACAUUGCUUUAGUAAAUAUGAUUGGCCAGUUAGGAAGAAAUUUACAAAAGUAUUCAAGGAAAGUUUUAUUUAUUGUUAUUGUAAAUAUGGGAGCCCUAAUUGGAAUAGCCGCAUUAACUCUUUUGGCAGUUUAUGAAUCAAAAAUCAGCGUUUAACAAGGAAAUAUAUGAUGAUGUUACUUAAUAUUGUUAACAUGCCUACUUUGUCUAUUAUUGAUAUAUUUAUAUAUACAGUAUACAUGCUAAUAACGCUUUAUGAUCAACUAAAACACUUUUGUUUACGUCAAAAUUAUGUUUUUCUGCACAUGCUAAUUGUAUAAGGACAAAUAAAGGAUAUCUAUAAUAUAAUAAAUGAAUUAACCUUCUUCUCUUCAUGAAAGCAAAACAAAAAAUACAAGGUGACUUAUUUUAUUAAAUGUAUUAAUCAAUAAAUGAUCUAUUUCUAAA